GCCCCCGCCUCGCGCGCCAACGCUUUUCGUGCGGGUGCUGGCCUCGCAGAGAGGUGCGUCAGGCCAAGAUGCGGGGCAGCCCGGCGCCCAGCUCUGCCUCGUCGUCGGCCUCCGACCUGAGCCGCAGCCCUGCGCACAGCAGGUCCGACCUGCGGCCCGGCACGUCGGGCGACUACAGCCUGAGCGCCAGCCUGUCGGCCUGCACGCUACUUUCCGAGGGGGCCGUGGAACCCAUGCAGAUUGAUGUAGACCCUCAGGAAGAUCCCCAGAACGCACCUGAUGUCAACUACGUGGUGGAGAACCCCACCCUGGAUCUGGAGCAGUAUGCAGCCAGCUACAGCGGACUGAUGCGAAUUGAGCGGCUACAGUUCAUUGCUGACCGUUGCCCUCCACUCCGGGUAGAGGCCUUGAAAAUGGCUCUGUCGUUCGUGCAGAGGACCUUCAAUGUAGACAUGUAUGAAGAGAUACACCGGAAGCUGUCUGAGGCUACCAGGGAGCUGCAGAAUGCACCUGAUGCCAUCCCUGAGAGUGGAGUGGAGCCACCACCCCUGGACACAGCCUGGGUAGAGGCCACGCGGAAGAAGGCCCUGCUGAAACUGGAGAAGCUGGACACAGACUUGAAGAACUACAAGGGCAACUCCAUCAAAGAGAGCAUCAGGCGCGGCCAUGAUGACCUGGGUGAUCACUACCUGGACUGCGGGGACCUCAGCAAUGCCCUCAAAUGUUACUCGCGAGCCCGAGACUACUGUACCAGCGCUAAGCAUGUCAUCAACAUGUGCCUCAACGUCAUCAAGGUCAGUGUGUACUUGCAGAAUUGGUCUCAUGUGUUAAGUUAUGUCAGCAAGGCCGAGUCUACUCCAGAGAUUGCCGAGCAGCGUGGAGAGCGGGACAGCCAGACGCAGGCUAUCCUCACCAAGCUCAAGUGUGCUGCCGGCUUGGCUGAGCUGGCCGCACGGAAGUACAAGCAGGCUGCUAAGUGUUUCCUCCUCGCUUCCUUUGAUCACUGUGACUUCCCAGAGCUGCUGUCCCCCAGCAAUGUGGCUGUGUAUGGUGGCCUGUGUGCCUUAGCCACCUUUGACCGGCAGGAGCUGCAGCGCAAUGUCAUCUCUAGCAGCUCCUUCAAGUUGUUCCUGGAGCUGGAGCCACAGGUCAGAGACAUCAUCUUCAAAUUCUACGAGUCCAAGUAUGCUUCAUGCUUGAAGAUGCUGGAUGAGAUGAAGGACAACCUGCUCUUGGACCUGUACCUGGCCCCCCACGUCAGGACACUGUACACCCAGAUUCGUAACCGGGCUCUUAUCCAAUACUUCAGCCCCUAUGUGUCAGCUGACAUGCACAAGAUGGCUGCAGCCUUCAACACAACAGUUGCAGCUCUGGAAGAUGAGCUGACGCAGCUCAUCCUGGAGGGGCUCAUUAAUGCCCGCAUCGACUCUCACAGCAAGAUACUGUAUGCUCGAGAUGUGGAUCAGCGCAGCACCACCUUUGAGAAAUCCCUGCUGAUGGGCAAGGAGUUCCAGCGCCGUGCCAAAGCCAUGAUUCUGAGGGCAGCUGUGCUACGUAACCAGAUCCACGUGAAGUCUCCUCCUAGAGAAGGGAGCCAAGGGGAGCUGACUCCAGCAAACAGCCAGUCACGGAUGAGCACCAACAUGUGAAAUGCACCCACGACUGUCAGACGGGAGUCUGCACACCUACUCUGCCUGUGGAAGCAGCGCCCGGGCCCCCAGACUGUGUGGUUCAUUAGAGCAGUCUGGCCAAUGGGAUGCCAGUUCGUUGCCUUCCACUCUGAGGCUGCACUGCAGCCUCUGCUGUGGGCGGCAGCCUGCCCAUAUGGCUACUCGGCCUGACUCUAGGUUUCUGUCCCAGUGAAACAGACCAUGUGCAAUUCCCAGGUAAGGGAACCUCAGACCCUUCCUGUCCAUGUAGUUCUGACUGCAGCAGUGUCACUAACCAAGUAGUCCAUUAAAGUACAGAUUGAUCAUU